ACAUACACUAUAAGUGUUAAUGAAACGAUAUGGAGCUUAUUUAUUUUUUCUUUGUAUUAGCUUUUCAAUUCUGGUUUUCCUUGACAAAUGGGUUAAUAAAUGGACCUGGGAUUUGCUGGUACAACAGGAACAAAUCAGGAUGUUGCCAAAAUUAUAAAGAAGUGGAUGGCUCUUGUCAGUACAUACGUGGACUCAUUGACGGACCUGGGGUAUGCAAAGACAACGGAGGAAAUCUUAGAUGUUGCACGAACUAUCAACGAAAAGACACCGACUGCAUACCCUGUGAAUUAGGUACAUAUGGUGUUAACUGUACAGGAGGACCUUGUAAAUAUGGAUACUACGGAUUUGGCUGUUCAAAAAAAUGUCACUGUACAACUGACCAGUUAUGUGACAGAAAGAUAGGAUGUGCUCGACAUUUAAAUACUACAAAUUGUAAGAAAACAUUAUUUUUUGCUUAUUAUAAAAAGUAA